AUGAACUUUUGGAUACUAUUCACGAACAAAAAGCAGAGGAUAUUUCUAAAAUUCAAGUAUAUUAACAAACUUGUGAAAGCAUCUAAUGAGCGCAAGCUUGAAAGGGAACUAUGCGCUGAACGAAAGGCUCAGAAGAGUAUUGAAGCGGAAGCUGAUUUAUAUCACAAUAAAGAGUCAUUCGUUACGUCAGCGUACAAAAGUAAACUGAAUGAGCUUCAAGCACUCGUCGAAAAACGUAAGAAGGAAGAAGAACGAGAAGAGGUUAUGGAUAUUUGCAAACAAGAUGGUUUAGGGGGAUUUUACCGGUUUAUGUUUGAUAAUCAAGAUAAAACAUGUGCAGGAUAUACGGAAUCUGAAUCUCACACGAGUACAAACAACGGAGAAAACUGUUCAAAAGCUGACAUGAAUGUUGCAUCAAAAGUCAAACCAUCAACUAUUAAAGAAAAUUCAAUGAAAAAGGACCAAAAUAUUAAAGAACGAUGUGAUGAUGACGAUGAUCAUCAUAAUCAUAAUAAAGGCGACGAUGACAAAAAGGUGUCGUUACCUCCACCUAGUCGUAAUGACGCAACGGAAAAUGAUCGUAAAGAUGACGAUAAAACAAGAACACAUCAUCAUCAUCAUCAAUCAAAGAAAGACAUGAAUACUCCUACUAAUACAGGGCAACGAAAAGUACCUGGAGUAGUAUUAGCUCGUCCACGAGUUACUACCGAUGAAGAAUUGGCUGCUGCUCGUCAACGUUAUCUAGACAGAAAAGCUGCUGGAAUACAUGCUGUUAUAGUUGAAUCUGACUAGUUAAUUGUCAGUUCACAUUGAAUGUCCUCUUCAGUUUUCUGUAUAUAAAUUCACUUUUUUUUUCUGUAGGAAAUAAAUUUCAAUCUGGAGAGAGAGAGAGAGAGACAGGAAAAUCUGGUUUUUACAAAUAAAUUUCCGUGUAAAGUCUAUAUUGUAUAAAAUAUGUUGUAAAUACUUUGUAACUGGUUAUUUCUCAAAUAUGAUGUAAUAUGUUUAUGUAUUUAUACGACAGUAAGGAUACUUUUACACUACAAUCUUAUCU